AUGCAAGUAAAAGGAGAUAACGGCCUAAAGGCCCUUAUCGAGAAGUACCGACCAGACCUAAAGCUAUUUGAAGAAGUCUAUCGCCAGUUGCACAGCUCUCCCGAGCUAGCCUUCCAAGAAGAAAACACUUCAGCUACCGCUGCAGAUCAUCUCAAAAAGCUGGGUUUUGAGGUUCACACACACAUUGGUGGAUAUGGAGUUGCUGGUAUUCUCCAUAAUGGCGAUGGGCCAACUGUUCUCCUGCGAGCCGACAUGGAUGCGCUACCUCUACAGGAAAAGACCGGCUUGCCGUACGCUAGCAACAAAAUCGUCAAAGAUAAAGAUGGAGUGGAAAGACCGGCAAUGCAUGCCUGUGGCCACGAUACACACGUCACGAGUCUCAUGGCGAGCGCUGAGCUUUUACAUUCCGCCCGGGAUCACUGGUCUGGUACCUUGAUCUGCAUUUUCCAACCGGCAGAGGAGCUACUGUCCGGCGCAAAAGCGAUGAUCGAAGAUGGGUUGUACGAGAAGAUCCCCAAACCAGACGUUGUCCUGUCGCAGCACGUCAUGAAAAUGAAAACUGGCACAGUCAGUAUUCGUUCAGGUCGGCUGCUCACGGCUGCUGAUUCGUUCGAUGUGCGCAUCUAUGGGCGCGGUGGACACGGCUCGGCUCCUCAGACAUGCAUCGAUCCCAUCGUUAUCGGUGCAACAAUUGUAACGCGUCUGCAAAGUAUCGUCAGCCGCGAAGUGAUGCCAGGUGAGCUGGCUGUUGUCAGUGUUGGAAGCAUCCAAGCCGGUCAUGUAGCGAACAUUAUUCCCGAUCAGCUGGAUCUCAAGCUUAAUGUUCGGACAUACGAUCCCAAGGUCCGCGAGCGCGUUAUAUCCUCCGUGAAGAGAAUUAUCGAAGCAGAAUGUUUAGCAGGAGGUGCCGUCGAGAAACCUCUUGUUAAGCAGAUACUUUCUGCUCCCGCGACUAUCAACGAUGAGGCUACGGUCAAGGCUCUCCAAAAUACAUUUGGAUCAUAUUUUGGAGAAAACCUGGUGGAGUCAGAGCCAGCGACUGCAAGUGAAGACUUCUCUCUUCUUGCGACGGCGGUAGGAGCACCGUAUGUGAUGUGGACAUAUGGUGGAGUUGACCCUAAGACAUGGGAUGAUGCUGUGGAGCAGGGUACAACUGAUCAGCUACCUAGUAAUCACUCCCCAUUCUUUGCUCCGGUGAUUCAACCGACUCUUGGUACUGCAAUUGAUGGGAUCGCUCUUGGAGCACUGACUUUCCUGAAGCGGAACUAA